CGCCGUCAACGUAAAUGUUUAUCGGCGCAGAACUAUUCUUUUGAUUUGUUUAUACAUACUUCAUUUAAAACCACAAAAUAAAGCUUGGAAAAUGUUGUACGAAACAGAUUCGGACGAGGAGAAUUUGGCUGUUAUUAAUUUGGAAGAAAUACAAGCGUCAUCGUCAUCAAGUUUGAAUAAAAAUUGUAAUAAUGUUAAAAGUUCCGAAGCUGAAAUACCACAAAUGAUUGAUGUCCCACAAAAGUAUUUGAAAUGCUUAGAAGAAGAGUUUGGGCAUUCAUCUUUUCGUCCUAUUCAGUGGAUAAUAAUACGGAGUAUACUAGAAGAUGAACGUGAUAAUUGUGCAGUAAUGGCAACAGGUUAUGGUAAAUCAUUAACAUAUCAAUUUCCACCUAUAUUUUUAAAGAAAGUUGCCGUAGUAGUAACACCGCUCAUAUCCCUAAUGGAAGAUCAAGUAGCUGCAUUGAAUUUAACUCGAGAAAGAGCGUGUUUGUUGGGUUCAGCACAAAAAAAACGUAAUAUGGAACAACGUAUAAUGAAUUUGGAAUAUAAUCUAGUUUAUGCAACUCCAGAAUAUAUUACAGCAGACUGUGGGAUAAAACUGCUUCGAGACCUUGGAAACAAUUUAAUUUUAUUGGCAAUAGAUGAGGCCCAUUGUAUCUCACAGUGGGGUCAUGAUUUUCGUUUUGCUUAUCGAAAACUAAGUAUAAUUAGACGCACCAUACCGAAAUGCCCAAUUUUAGCUUUAACUGCAACGGCCACUUUAGAGGUUCGCAAUGAUAUUUGCCAUCAGUUAUGCUUAAAGAAUCCUCAGCUAAUUAAUUCAGGAUUUGAUCGUAUAAAUUUGGAAUUAAUAGUGCGACAAAGAUCAUCAACUAAAGGCGGCCUUGGAGUUUGGCUUGAUUUAGGUACACACAUUCAAUGGGCACUUAAUGCUCAAGGAUCCGUUAUAGUAUAUUGCAAUACUUGCAGUUAUGCUGAAAGUGUUGCUAGUGAAAUUCAAAAACACGUUCCUUGUCAUUAUUAUCAUGGAAAAUUGUCAAUGAAACAAAAACAGUCUUAUCACCACGAAUUUACGAGAGAUAUUGUGCGUGUUAUUGUAGCAACAAUGGCUUUUGGAAUGGGCAUUGACAAACCGGAUGUACGACUUGUUAUUCACUAUGGAGCUCCCAAUGAUAUAGAACGCUACUAUCAAGAGGUGGGUCGCGCUGGGCGUGAUGGAUUGCAUUCAAAGUGCAUUCUUUUUUAUAACUCAACUGAUUGGACCACACAUCAACGAAUACGGCAAGAAUCCAAUGCAAAUACAAAACAUUCAAUGCAUUUGGAAAAUUUAGCUAUGAAAAUGGCAACAUAUACUCGUAUAUCAACAUGUCGCCGUAAAUUUAUCCUGGAAUAUUUUGAUGAUGACGCAGCUAAAGAACUACAGGCUCGUAAGGAUUGUUGCGACAACUGUUUUCUUAUAUCCAAUAAUGUUGAUUACCGCGAUAUUUAUGAGGGAUUGGAUAAUGAAGGCAAUUUAAAUAUUACGGAAGAUGCUCUUAUAUUUCUGACUCUCCUUAGAGAUUUGAAAGGUCGUUUUGGUUUGGGUAAAAUUAUUAUGAUACUUCGAGGUUCAAAGAGACAAGAAUUGCCAAGACAAUAUUACUCACAUAGUUUAUUUGGAAAAGGUUCGAAAAAAACAGAAGCUUGGUAUAAAAUUUUAUCAGAAAAUUUACAAGAUCUCGGUUUUGUACAUACCAUAACAAAGCAAGGUGCAUUUGGUGCAUUUACAUUAUUAGAUAUAACCAAAACUGGCGAUAAGUGGUUAGAUGCAGUGCCUCAUAAACGAGAACCUAUCAAAAUAAAACCAUAUUCCGAUAUACUGAAAUUUUUAAAGCCAAAACAAGCACAAAUCGUAUCUACGAUUCAACAUAACAAUUCUGUUAAAAAUACAACUGUAAAUUCUGAGUUUGAUGAUAAACUAAUGAGUUCUUUAAUAAAGUUGCGGGGAGAGUUAGCUCAUGAUUUAGAUGUUAUGCCGUAUAUGAUUGCAUCUAACAGGGCUUUAAAUCAAAUAAUUGAAUGUAAACCAAAAAGCAUUCAAGAAUUGAGAGAUUGUAAGCUUGAUGGUUUUUAUGAAGCAAAAUACUUACGUUUUGGAAAUGAAUUUCUCAACUGUGUUCAAAAAACAAUGAACUUAAAAUCCGGAAGCCAGCUGGAACUGUCCAAGCCAACAGAAACUGGAAAUAUAUUAUCCAACGAUGAUCAACUUUGGGAAAAUGAAUCCAUUGAUGCAGAUUUAUCACAAGUUGGUGAUGAGAUAGAAAAACAAUUGCAAUCAUCGGGAAGUAAAGAUCUAGAGGAUCCAAAUUCGGAAUCAGAAUUAGAUUUACUAUUAGCAGAUUUGGAGAACGUGCAAAAAGAAAUAAAAAACGAAGAGUCGAAUUGUGAAUCUGUAUCUACAAUUACUCAUCCGUCCGCUAUAAGCACUACAUUAUUAACAUUAAAAAGAAAGCAGCCCAUCUAUCAGUAUGACGAUAGCUCCGAUGAAGAUGAUGGUAAUAAAGAAAUAUUAAAUGUAAAAACACAAGAUACAGUUAGACCAGAAACAUCAAACAACUGCAAUCCUAUUUCAAAAAGUCGAGUUUUACCUGCCUGGAUGCAGAAAAAAAGAUAAUUUUUUUGUUGACUAUAAUUAAAAUGAUAGAAAAAUAACACAGGCCAAUAAAAUUUAAUAAAACGAAUCCUAGUAGGUAAAGUAAAUACUGCAAAAA